UGUGGGCAAAGCCGCGAAACACAAGUGAAGAUGCUUUGGUUCCGCGGGAGCACACUUGUAUCAAAGACCUGCUGGACUCAACGCCAUCUCUUCCGUCGCCUCCGCUGUCAACUCUACUCCUCCAUUUCCUCCGCUUCCUCAUCCAAAGUUCGCACGGCGGCUCAUGAAUCAGCGUGCAUUGAUGGGGACUGUGCCGAUUUUUUGCCGUGGCUGGAGCUCAACGCCGGAACGGAGAUAUCUUCCGUUCUUUCAAUCGGAGAAUCCGCAUAUGGAAGGAGCUUGUUUGCUUGUAGGCCUAUAAAAGCUGGGGAUUGUAUAUUGAAGGUUCCUUACAGUGUGCAAUUGUCCUCAAAUAACCUUCCUUUGGGACUCAAUUCCUUGUUAGGGGAUCAAGUUAGUAAUGUGGCGAAAGUUGCUUUAUUUGUUCUGUAUGAGCAGCAGCUGGGUGAGCAAUCUGAAUGGGCUCCUUACAUCAGUCGUCUUCCACAACCUACAGAAAUGCAUAGCACGAUAUUCUGGGAUCACCAUGAAUUAGAGAUGAUUCAACAAAGUCCACUAUAUCAGGAAACAAUUAGGCAGAAGAAAAUUGUUGAAACUGAUUUUUUGGUGAUUAUGGAGGCUCUAAGUCACUUCCUUGAACAUCACCUAGUCAUCACAUUAGAGGACUUUAAGUAUGCAUAUGCUUUAGUUACUUCUCGAGCAUGGGAAAGCUCCAAUGGUGUAUCCAUGAUACCUUUUGCAGAUUUCUUAAAUCAUGAUGGUGGCUCAGAUUCAUGUGUUUUGAAUGAUGAUGGGAAACAACACUCUGAGGUGAUUGCUGAUCGUGAUUAUGCUCCUGGUGAUCAGGUCCUAAUAAGAUAUGGAAAGUUCUCAAAUGCUACACUUCUUUUGGAUUUUGGAUUUGCCCUCCUUUAUAAUGCAUAUGACCAGGUUCAAGUCAAACUGAAUAUACCUCAGCAAGACCAUCUUUCUUCACUGAAGUUGGAACUUUUAAGCAAACAUUGCACGCCAGCAAUAAAAGAUGUCAAUGUAUUCAAUUCUGCUGGGAAUUCUUUCACACUCAAGGAAGUAAGAUCUGCUCAAGGUAAAGGGAGAGGCAUCCCACAGUCCUUCCGAGCAUAUGCUCGUGUUAUGUGUUCAAACUCUCCUCAAGAAAUAAAUGAUUUGGCAAUAGAAGCUGCAGAAAAUGAUGGUCGACUGGCUCGACGUCCACUUCGGGAUAAAUGUAGAGAAAUUGAAGCUCAUCAAUUCCUGCUUUUGAGAAUAACCGAGUUGAUAAAAUUGUAUAAUGCAUCUAUUAAGUCAUUGGAGCUGCAGACUUCUCUCCGCGUGGUUAAUAAGCCUGCCUGUAGAUAUAUGAUGGCUCAUGACCUCCUCAGUGGUGAGCUUCGCAUCCUAAAGUCAGCUGCUGAGUGGCUAGAAAACUAUUGUGUAAAACUUUUGCAGGUCUAAGAGCAGUAACCUUUAUUUUCCUACACUCGAGGUUGGGAGAAAGCUUGUCCAGCCAGGAAUUAUCAUGUCCAUUCACAGUGAACCAAAACAGAGGCCUUAUAGAACUUUUUGUACUUGUGCUCUUUCUACACCCUCUCAAUGCUUACAUGUGCCAUGGUUCGGUUGUACAUUUCCACAAAGGCACAAGUAUACUUUGCUCGCUUGGUUCUCUUCCAAAUGCCGAGGCCUCAGCUAUUUUGCUUCACAGCGAUUAGUGUUCUAUAUAAUGCCCCAAACAAUCUCUCAGAGAUGCGAUACUGCACUGCAACCAGACACCAUCUGUUUUUGCUUGGAAAUAGUCAGUGAUUGAGAAUCUGUCACCUGUUUCAGAUAAUAGAUACUAAUAUGGGUAUCCAUUUAAAUGUGGCAGAUAUACUUUAGCACUUGUCAUUCCUCAAAUUUUGAUGUAUGCAUUUCAAUUAACACUUUCUUUCUUUUUGUUUUAUUAAAGUCAUGACUCUGUUCCAAAUUUGACUGAAUUGUUUGUGUUGUAUGUGUUUGA